GUAGAAGUAUAUCCGAAGUAUAAUGAUCAUGUGACAUAUACAAGAUGGCGGGCGACAGUAUAUUUGACGUUAGGUUGUACAACAUUAUUAUGCUUGGCCUGUCCUUUAUGCUUAUAUUCACGGCAUUCCAAACGGCAUCAAUGGCUGAGAAAAGUGUGCUGGACAGUGCCAAAAAUGAAUCUGAAUCAACAAAUGGAACAAAAUUCACUGGUGAUGGAUAUACAAGUUUGAGUGUUAUCUAUAUUGUAUUCUCGGUGUCAAACUGGCUGGCUCCUUCUAUAAUAGUGAUAACUGGACCGAAACUCUCUAUGUUCAUCGGAUCCCUACUCUACUUUUUAUUUAUCCUAUCAUUUUUGAAGCCAAUGACAUGGGCAUUAUAUACAGUGUCAGGACUCGUAGGAUUUGGUGCUGCAAUAUUAUGGACAGGACAGGGAAAUUUUUUAACUAUAAACUCUGACUCUGAAACAAUAUCAAGAAACAGUGGCAUUUUCUGGGCUCUGCUGCAAUGUAGUUUACUCUUUGGUAAUGCAUACAGCCAUUUUGUGCUUCAAGGAAGUGAUAGCAUAACAAAAGCUGAGCGUAACAAACUAUUUAUUGGAUUAAGUGGUGCUGCAUUGCUUGGAUCCAUAUUCUUACUUUUCCUAAGGAAGAAACGUACAGCAGAUUCAGAUGAUUUAGUUAAUCUUAACUCAAGUGGGCAGGCAAAGGUGGAUACUCCUUUAACAGCAUUAAAGAGGUCAGUUCAUCUAAUGAAAACCAAGGAGAUGUUGUUAUUGAGCAUUUCAAUAGCUUAUACAGGACUUGAGUUGACAUUUUUUAGUGGAGUUUACAGUACUUGCUUAUCAAACACCAAAUACUUUGGCACAGAAUCCAAGGGCCUUAUUGGAAUAUCUGGCAUGUUCAUUGGAGCAGGAGAAAUUAUAGGAGGGACAUUGUUUGGGUUGAUGGCUAAGAGAACAAAUCGUCAUGGACGUGACAUUAUAGUGAUGUUUGGUUAUGUUGUUCAUAUGGCAUGUUUCUACCUCAUCUUUAUAAAUCUACCCAGUAAAUCACCAAUAGACCCUACUGAUGAGGCUACAUACAUGACAACAAAUAAAUAUGUGGCUAUUCUAUGCAGUUUCUUGCUUGGUUUAGGUGAUAGUAGCUUUAAUACACAGAUUUAUUCACUUCUUGGCUUCAUGUUUCCUGAGGAUAGUUCGCCAGCAUUUGCCAUCUUCAAGUUUAUACAGUCAAUAGCUGCAGCAGUUGCAUUUUUCUACAGUGAUUAUUUGAUUCUGAAAUGGCAGCUCCUCAUUCUUGUGAUAGCCGGGUCCAUUGGUUCCUUGUCUUUCUCUGUAAUAGAAUGGGAAAGUACAAACCUGAAGCGGGAGGGGUACCAGAGCAUUUGACAAUUAGACAGGACUGUUGCAGAGAAUAAUUCUGUCAAUGGUUCUGAUGAUGAACAUACAGAAUUGUUGUCUGCUGCAGAUCCGCUACCCGACGAUGACUGAACGAUAGUACCUGUGAUAACCGUGUUGCUAAGUAACCUGGUUUAAUGUUGAACAUUCCCACUAUAGACGAUACAAUGUUUCUGUGCAAUAAACAAUGCAGCUGUGCUGAUAAAAUAAUAUAAAUAAUAUGAGCCGCGUCACGACAAAACCAACGUAAUGCGUUUGCAACCAGCAUGGAUCCAGACCAGCCUGCGCAUCUGUGCAGUCUGAUCAGGAUCCAUGCUGUUCGCUAUUAGGUUCUCUAUUUGUAAUAGGGUUUGUAAGCGAACAGCAUGGAUCCUGAUCAGACUGCGCGGAUGCGCAGGCUGGUCUGAAUCCAUGCUGGUCGCAAACGCAUUAUGUUGGUUUUGUCGUGACGCAGCUGAUAUGUAUUUAUUUAUGAUAUUAGUUAUUUUCCUGAUGAGGGUAACAUGUAGCUUUUGACAGACAAGUUGCUCUUGUAAAUCCCAUCAGUAGCAUGUAUAACAAAUUUUAUAUAACCACCGUUGAUUUAUCCAUUAAUCUUUUAAUAUAUGAAUUAAUAUAUAAACAAUGAAACCUAUUAUCAAUUCCCAUUCUGUACCUCGGAGGACAUUGUUUUUGUGUUCAAGGAAAUUCACAAGUUUAAUUUUAUUGAGAUAGAUUACUAAAUUCUGUUGAUAGAUAGCAUGUUUAAAAAAAAGAACAAAGACUUUUGUAAAUAAAUGUAGUGUUAGUUUAAAUUAUAUUUUAUGUUUGAGAAAUGAUAAGAAUACUUGAGAUUCUUGAGAAUAUGAAUUGUUUUUAAAUCAAUAGCUAAUUAAAAGUAAAAUCAAGGGUUUGGGGUUCUUUAUUUGAAAAUUUGUUAAUGAUAAAUACCUAUUUUUAGUAUAUACCUGUAUGGUUUUUUUAGUACAUUAAAAAAAUACAUUACAGGACAUUUUAUUCAAUAUACAUACAAUAUUCACAUGUGUUAAAUAGAAACAUUUUAUAUCACAACUUUUUGUAGAAUCAGCCAUAAAAUGAUAAAAUUAUGGUAACAAAAUUAUUUUACUGUUGAUAAACAUUAAAGAAAAUUUUUAAAUAUAUAGCUUUUUACUUUUAAAUAGACCAAAUGUUCAAACAGGUUUUCCAACAGAAAACUCUGGUUAUUAGAUUAUUAUUACAUUGUUAUUUCUUUAUCAUGUUAUCACAGAACUUGCCUAAAAAUUUUAACAAACUCUUCUGCAUUGAUUGUGUUGUAAAAGUGUUUAAAGCUGCAUGUGGAUUUGAAAAUAAUUGUUUAUAUGAGUCAAAUGAUUACAGAAUACUUGGAAGGUAAACAAAUUUGUUUGUAUAUUAUAUUGAAAGGGAGUGGGACAUGCAUGAAAUCAUUGCCAAAACUUACUGAAGAUAACAAUGGAAUAAUUUGUUUUGGAACAUUUUAUUCUGUUUACAUAUAAUAUUCGUGUAUAUUAGAUUAAUUAUUAUAUAAACUUUUUUUAUGCUAAAAAUCCUUCAAAAAGGAUCAAAAGGUUAUUAAAAUAACAUAACUUUAACGUGUGUGUUUUUUUUUAUUACAAAAUGUUUAUAAAAUAUUUCAUCCGAUAUGCCUUUAUACACUUAAACAAUCAUUUAUGUCCUAAAAAUAAUGUACAUUGAUUUUGAUAUGCACAUAAUUGAAUGUUGAAUUAAAGUUAUAAUAUUAAUUUGUUUUGCAUUUUUAUUAUACAACACUAUGUAUUUUUCUUAUGAUGAAAGUUGAUAUUGAACAAAUGUGUAAGAAGGUAUUUUACUUACAUUUUUCUAUACUACUAAUUAUUUAGUGCCACUGAAACAAUGCUGUCUGUUUGUCUAUCAUAUAUGUACAUUGUAUAUAGUAUAUGAUAGAGUAAUUAAAAGUUAAGUAAAGUCAUUAACACAAAUAAUAUCAUAUCAAUGCAUUUCUAUCAAUUUUUAUCUGACUAUAUAUCUCUCAUAGAAUUCAUAGGGUCAAGGUUUUGAAUUUGUAAUAAAUAAUUUAUAUUUGCUUUGUUGUCCUGUAAGAAGUAUCACUUUCUUAAACUUCAGGCUAACAAUACUAGUACAUAAAUUGAAAAAAAUAUUUUCAAUAGGAUCCACCGUGUAUAUCCAUUAAUGCAGGAACAUGUAAUAUAACACAGGAAUUGCGCAAAAGUAAGGCUGAAUCUGUAAAUAUCUGUGGCUUAAACAAAACACAGGAAGUAAGAAAGUAAACAGACCUAAUUAUCUCAUCAUAAAUUAAUGUGAAAGAAAUCAUUAAGCACAUCAAGCUAAGGUACUAUAUUUUAACCAGUAUAAGAAUUAUUUACAAGAAGGUCAUUACAUUUUAAAAAUCAUUUGUGAGAAUGACCACCUGGCUAUAAUAUCUAUUGAGGGACGAUUUUUGUGUUUUGUUGUGUUAAUAAGUAAUAUACGGCAAAAAAAGGAAGCAGAUACAAAUUGAUUCAGACACUUUUUGUAAUGUAACCUGAGUGUUGCCUCGGCGCAUCAUUCACGAAAUUGGCAUUACCUUGCCAAAAGCGUCUUAUCUUAUUUUAUUGGCUUAUUAGAUAAAUAGUUGGACAAAUGUCUAAGGUAUGCUGAAUAUAUAGUAAAAAUAGCAUCAAACAUGUAUAUGCCUUAUUGUAUUAAUAAAUACCUUCAAAACACAACAGUUGCCCACACUAAGUAGUCAGGUUGCCAUUCUCAUGACAUAAAAAAUAAACAUUGUCCUAAUUAGGGUCAAAAUAUAAUGUUUUGCUAGCUGUAUACACUGAUUAAUUUCUUUUAAUUAGACUAAUUGUAAAAUAUAUAUUGGUUUAUUUACUUGCAGUAGUGCUUGUUUCAGCCAUAGAUUUGCACUAUUGGAAAUGCACAUGUUAUUUUCACAUUCAAGUGUUAAAGCUGCACGCCUCCAGAUGAGCCAAAAUAUUUAAAGACAAUCAAUUUGGAGAGAAAUAUACUUACAUUUUAAGAAAGGUAAAAACAUUCAAGAUCCGAGUUUAAGUGUACAUGUUAUGUGUGAUUAAGAUUGAUUUUGCGGUUUUUAUCACCAUAUUUCUACUGCGUUACUAACGCAGUAAGGGUUGUUUUUGCAUAUGUUUAACAGUAUUUGGUAAUUUUCUUGGAUUAUAAGUGCCGAUUGCAAUAUGUUAAUUAGUUUAUUUGUUCACCUCAAAAUAUUUUACUUUUAAAUACAUUUCUAAAAUUUUCAUGAAAAUUGACAUGAAUCUGGAGGCGUGCUGCUUUAAUUGGAUGUACAUAGUGUGAUACUUUAUGGUUCUAUUUUUUCCAUGACAAAGACUUUUCAAUCAACUUCAUACAUGUAUAUGACUCAAUAUGAUAAUGUAUAUUAUUUUCAAGGGUGCUAUAUUUUAUGUUGUUUUAUAUUAUGUUCCAGUUUUUUUGUUGUUGUUAUUAAAUUAGUAUUAUCUGCAUGUUUUAGUGUAAGUUAAGUGUCACAUUAUUCUUAAGUUUUAAAUUUAUCUGAAUAUUUUGAAAGGAAAAAUAAAGCCUAGUGUUUCUGAAAGUAUAUUAUUAAUUUUUUUUUUGCUUCUGACUUAAAAGCAUCCAUGUAAUCAUGAAUUGAUAUAACUUAUAGUGAUAUUCACAAAAAAUAUGUAAAAAAUUACUGUGAUACUUUGCAGUAGAACAUAUUUAAUUAUCUUUUAUUGUGCAAUUUUUAGAAGUAUAAUACUCAGUUAGCAAUCUGUCGGCAUACUAACUUGAAAUGUUUAUCUUGAUAUCCCAAAAAUUGAUCAUGGACAGGUCAAUUAUUACGGUUAAAGAAGUCAAUUUUUAAUGGUCCCCUGGGCAUUUAGUUAUUGAACUGUCCAACUGUCUGUCUGUUGUUCAUAUGGUUCCGGUCUGUUGCAUAAGUAGGUCAAAGGGCCAAACAUUUCAAAAAUCUACUGUCUAAAAUACACUGUAAACAGUAUACAUUGUAUAGUAAGAACUUAAAAAACCUUUCUUCAGAAAUAACAAAGCUAGAUAUUUGGCAUAAAACUUUGUGUAGUGAACCUCUAUCAACAAGUUUGUUCAAAUUUUUGCCCUGGGUGUUAAAAUUGGCACUGCCCCGGGGUCAUAGAUUUUCAAUAGGUGCAUAUGAUAAAAUCUUAUAGGAAAUUAUCCGCUGAAGCUUCAAAGGUUAAAGCUUGAAACAUUGUGGACCUGUACAAAGAUUGAUCAAAUUAUGGCCCUAGGGAGGGUCAAAAUAAGUCAUGCACUUGGAGUCACGAGUAUUUUUUAUACACAUAAACAAAAACUAAUUUUUUUUCUGAAACAGAAAAAGCUAGAGAAUAGAUAUUUGCUACAAACAUUUUCAAGAUUGUUAAAAUUAAAGUCUUUCGGUCAAAAUUGGCUCUGCCCCAGAGGACUCAGGCACCUACUAUUUGUCAUUUGAUAUACCAGCCAUGAAUAGUAAAAAAUAAGUAGUUAACUGCAAAUACUUAAAAUUCCCUAUAAAGUAGCAGCAACAUAUAGGGAUAACCUCUCUGUCAUUGAUUGGUCUGUUCAUCACUCACAAAGCUUGUCCUGGCUACUCCUACAAAACUAAUGGAGCAAUUUCAUCCAAACUUUACAGAAAUGAUCAGUACCAAGUGUAGUUGUGCAUAUCGCCGGCAUUUUCUAGUUUAAUGAUUUUUGUUAGAGUUAUAACCCUUAAUUUAAUGUUAUGAGUGAAUUACAUGUAGAGAGUUAUUGUACAGGUUUCAUAUUUAAACAUAAUUAUAUAAUGAUAUAGCUAUUUGACUUUAUAGUUACAUGUACUUUUACAUUGUAGUGAUUAUAUGGCGAAAGGUUGUUUUAUUUUUAUAUAUGUAUAAAUUAAAUAAUUGACAUUAAACCUACUUUUCUCAUAA